UAACUAAACUCAAACACCUCGUAAACUCAGUCACCCUGCCCGCAGCUUGUUUGCGUGCACCAAAAACCAUCAUCAAACCAUGGAGAUGGAAUCGAUGGCGUCGGCGAUCGGAGUAUCAGUCGCGGUACUCCGAUUCCUUCUCUGUUUCGUUGCCACCAUCCCCGUCAGCUUCUUCCACCGUUUCAUCCCCGGCGGCCCCACCGGGAGACACCUUUACGCCGCCGUCACCGGUGCUAUCCUUUCUUACCUGUCCUUUGGAUUCUCAUCCAAUUUGCACUUUCUUGUGCCUAUGUUGUUCAGUUAUGCUUCAAUGAUUGUUUACAGACAACGUUGUGGCUUGAUUUCUUUCUUGUCUGCCAUGGGUUACCUCAUUGGAUGCCAUGUAUACUAUAUGAGUGGAGAUGCAUGGAAGGAGGGAGGAAUUGAUGCUACAGGAUCACUCAUGGUUAUAACAUUGAAAGUGAUUUCAUGCGCUAUUAAUUACAAUGAUGGAUUGUUAAAAGAGGAUGAUCUCCGUGAAUCCCAAAAGAAAAACCGCUUACUAAAGCUGCCAUCUUUGAUUGAGUACAUUGGAUACUGCCUCUGUUGUGGAAGUCACUUUGCAGGCCCAGUUUAUGAAAUCAAGGAUUACAUGGAUUGGACCGAAAGGAAGGGGAUUUGGACGAAAUCCGAGAAAGGUACACCGUCACCUCUUCUGCCGACACUAAAAGCUAUACUCCAAGCGGGUUUCUGUAUGGGUUUAUACUUAUAUCUUGUUCCCGAUCAUCCACUUUCAAGAUUCAGUGAGCCAAUCUAUCAAGAAUGGGGAUUUGUGAAACGUCUAAGCUACCAAUACAUGGCCGGCUUUACAGCCCGUUGGAAAUAUUAUUUCAUAUGGUCCAUUUCAGAAGCUUCUAUUAUUGUCUCGGGACUGGGAUUCAGUGGUUGGACCGACUCCUCUCCACCCAAAGCCCGAUGGGACCGUGCAAAGAAUGUUGAUGUUUUGGGUGUUGAGUUUGCCAAGAGUUCAGUUGAGUUACCUCUUGUGUGGAACAUCCAAGUCAGCACAUGGCUUCGUCAUUAUGUUUACGACAGACUUGUACAAAAGGGAAAGAAGCCUGGUUUUCUCCAAUUGCUUGCAACGCAGACUGUUAGUGCCGUCUGGCAUGGAUUAUAUCCCGGGUACAUGAUAUUCUUUGUUCAAUCUGCUUUGAUGAUUGCUGGUUCAAGAGCCAUUUACAGAUGGCAGCAAGCAGUUCCACCAAAAAUGGCGAUUGUUAAGAAGAUAUUUAUGCUCAUGAACUUUGCUUAUACACUUCUUGUUCUUAACUACUCCUGCGUUGGAUUUAUGGUAUUAAGCCUUCAUGAAACAGUUGCUGCAUACGGAAGUGUGUACUACAUUGGAACUAUCAUUCCAGUCGCUUUGAUCCUCCUUGGCAACAUAAUUAAGCCCAAGCCGGCCCAAUCCAAGGCCCGAAAAGAACAGUGAGGUUUAUAAAACCAUCUCUCUCUCUCCCUUAAUUCCCAAUGAAAAAGUAAAGGAUUGAGAUUUUCCAUGUGACAUUAUUUCUUAGCUAGGAUCAAUGUCAAUCAAAUUUUCUUGUUUUUCUCUUUUAGUUUCCAUUUCAUGUUUUUGAAAUACUGUAAUGUGUACUUCAUGAUUAUCCAAGGUCAGCAUUAUGAUA